AUGACCUUAUCGCGAUCACCCUCUCCCCGCCAGGGCGGGGGGUGGUCCAGUCCGGGACUUAUUCCGGGUAGCGGCACUGUAUCACCGAACGGUCCAUCGCCCGGUUCAAUGCCCCCAGGUACCCCAGGCAGCAUUUCGUGGGCAGCAGCUAAGGCAAAAAGCGACGAGGUGCGCGGGUAUCCAUCAUUCACGACACGCAAUGGCGGCUUCUUCUCUCGCCAACGACACAAGAUCUCGACUCGGUUUCAUACCGUUCGAAGGCUUUCCUCACGGGAAUACGUCGAUAAGGAUGAUUUUGGCAGGGAAUGGAAACGUUCAGGCAGUGGUUGUGGUCUGCUAGGUACCUUACGGGUACCAGCACGCCGGGGCCGGUUCCGGGUGCUGUUGGCUCUGUUGUUGGUGUGGAUUGGAUAUCUAUUCUUCUGGACGAGCAUAAUCCAAACAUACCGCCGAUCACCCAUAGGUGGUGGGAGCAAGUUUGUCAUCAUACUCGGAUCGAAUGUGGAGGGCGGCGUCAUGGAAUGGAAGGGCGCACGUGAAUGGGCCAUUGAACGCAACAGCAUAUGGAACAAACAGAGAUAUGCACAAAACUGGGGCUACGAGGUUGAACUGGCUAAUCUGCUGGCCAAGAAGCGAUAUUCACAUGAAUGGCGCGAGAGCUGGGAGAAGGGCGAUGUGAUCCGCGAAGCCAUGCGCAAGUACCCAGAUGCAGAGUGGUUCUGGUGGCUCGACUUGAACACAUGGGUUAUGGAGUACGACACAUCCCUCCAACACCAUCUAUUCAAUGACCUCCAAUCCCACGUUUACCGGGAUAUUACCGCCUAUAACCCUCUCAACAUGACCCACCCACUCCCCGAGUUCUGGCUCGACGAGCUAGGUCGUUCCCUGGAUGGAGAUGGUAAGGCAGAUUCGUUGAAUAUGCUUCUGACACAAGACUGCGCCGGAUUCAAUCUUGGAUCUUUCUUCUUGCGCCGAUCUGAUUGGACCGACCGCCUGCUCGAUAUCUGGUGGGAUCCCGUCAUGUACGAGCAGAUGCACAUGGAGUGGGAACAUAAAGAACAGGAUGCCCUGGAGUACAUUUAUCAGAGUCAACCAUGGGUUCGGAGUAGUGUUGGCUUUUUACCACAACGCAGGAUCAAUGCUUUCCCACCUGGUGCAUGCGGCGACGGAGAUAAUCCAGUGGUUCACUAUCAACAGAACGCGCACGAUCUCCUCGUCAACAUGGCUGGGUGCAUGUGGGGUCGUGAUUGUUGGUCUGAAAUCUACCACUACCGCGAGCUGAGCAAUUGGCUCGGUCGGUCUCGUUGGGAGCGAUUCAGGGAUGGUGUCACUGAUGUAUACGACCGAAUGACCGGAAAGACCGCCCUCAUCCCACCCAAUCACAAAGCAGGUAAUCCAACCUUCAAGAUCAACGAUCCAGACGACCGCAUCAAGCAGCCUCCAAAAGCCGAGUCCCUCCCACCAACCCUUGCUGCCAUUGUCCUCCGCCCGAGCAAGCAAACCACCUCACAACACCCUACCCACACACCAAACCACACAAACCAACCACCCACAAUGCCAACCGCCGAGUCCGCCGCCUUCCUCGCCAAAAAGCCCACCGUCGCCCCGACCUACGAGGGCGUCGACUUCGAGGACAACGUCGCAGUCCACAACGCCCGCGAUGCCAUUAUCCGCGAGCAAUGGGUCCGCAGCAUGAUGGCGCGUUUGGUUGGCGAGGAAUUGGGCAAGUGCUAUGCGCGCGAGGGCGUGAACCACCUCGAGAAGUGUGGUGUUUACAGAGAGAAGUACUUCGAGCUCCUUAAGGAGAGCAAGAUUAAGGGUUACCUCGGACAGGAGAAGAACCGCUUUGGUGGAGAGUCGGCAUAA